AUGGCGAAUCACGGAGAUAUCGCCAAUGUGCGACAGCGUUCCAAAUCAGAUUCGACAGUGUCAUCUGCUGCAAAUAUGUCAAGAAAUGAUGUGGCAAUGAAAAGGCAAAUUAGUCUAUUUAAUAGUAUAACUAUUAUCAUAGGCUGUAUUAUUGGAUCGGGAAUAUUUAUCUUUCCAAAAGGUGUUCUGCAGUACAGUGGUUCUGUUGGUAAUGCAUUGAUUGUGUGGAUUCUGUGUGGUGUCAUUGCUACAUUAGGUGGUAUAUGUUAUGCCGAACUGGGAUCUUCUAUCAAGAAAGGCGGAGGCGAAUACACUUAUAUAAAAGAAGCCUUUGGCAAAUUUCCUGCUUUCUUGAUGCUGUGGGUGAAUUUUGUGAUCUUAAUACCCGGAGGCGCUGCUAUAAUUGCACAGACAUUUGCAAUAUAUUCUAUUGCACCAUUCUACCCAGACUGUGAUCCUCCGGCAUUGGCGGUGACACUUGUGGCCGAAGCAUGCUUAAUCCUAGUAUAUUCAUACAACUGCUACAGCGUGCGGGGUGUAACAUCAAUUCAAGAUAUUUUUACUAUUGGUAAAAUUGCUGGUUUGGGUAUAAUUAUAUGUGGCGGUAUUGCUUUCCUGGUAAUGGGCAGAACGGAAAAUAUAGAAGAUCCAUUCACGGGUCCUGGCACUAACAUAUUUCGACUUUCACUGGCAUUUUACAAUGGACUGUUUGCAUAUAUUGGUUGGUCAAAUAUGAACAACAUGGCCGAAGAAAUUAUAAAUCCACACAGAAAUUUCCCCAUUGCAAUAAUCUCGUCCAUGUUAAUAAUCACCAUUAUUUACGUACUGACGAAUGUCUCGUACUUCACAAUCCUAUCGCCACAAGAAUUAUUAUCUUCUAACGCAGUUGCUGUGACAUGGGGUGAUAAAAUUUUAGGUAGUGCGAGUUGGUUGAUUCCAAUUACUGUUGCGCUGUCUACAUUCGGUUCUCUUAACGGAGGCGUUUUGGCGAAUUCAAGAUACGUCUAUGUUGGAGCUAGAGAUGGUCUACUCCCGACAUUACUAAGUAUGAUACACACUAAGUUUCUCACGCCUAUGCCGAGUCUUAUUGUCACGAUGGUUAUCACUUGUACAUUAUGUCUAUAUAAAGACACUGGGAGUUUAGUCACUUACAUUGGUUUCUCCUAUUGGCUGUUUGUGGGUAUCGUCACUACAGGUUUGCUUUGGCUGCGUUAUAAACAACCCAAUCUUCACCGACCAUUCAAGGUGCCCAUUGCAAUCCCGAUAUUGUUCGCUCUCAUUUGUUAUUUUCUGGUGGUCUUGUCUAUCUUUGUUGCGCCACUUGAAGCGGCGAUUGGAACAAUCAUAAUAUUAACAGGAAUACCUGUCUAUAUUUAUGCAGUUAUGUGGAAAAGCAAACCAGCGUUGCUAAGACGUUUUCUUGAUGAGAUGAUGAUGUUCUUUCAACGGUUAAUGAACGUUGUGCAACAAGAGGUGGAAACCUAUUGA